AUGGAACCUCUUGCCCUAGAGGAUACACUCACUCUGAAACAGUCAGCGGCAUGGAAGGAUUGGGAGAAGGAGUUACCCUUCAUCCACCCAACUGAGUUAAAAUCGGCUUCUUAUAACUUGCUUGAAUUUCCUAAUUUAAAUAUGAAAAUUAUUGUUUGGAAUGUUCGUGGAGCAAACCGGGAUGAAUUUAUCCCACAGGCUAUGGAUAUUAUAGCCACUCAUAAGCCGAGUAAUUUUAUCGUUCUAGAAGCCAAAAGCAAUGGAAUUCGGGCUAAGAAUGUUAGUAAACUUCUAGGCUUUGAUGGUCUUCAAUUCAUCGACCCUAAUGACACUAGAGGUGGGAUUUGGAUAUUGUACAAACCGACAGUUAAACUGAUUCUCUAUGAUGAUGAUAGGAAAAAUUAUUUCCAUGCCCUCUUUAAAUUCAAUCCCAACAACAAAGAGGUUUUGCUUACUGGGGUUCACGCACCUUUAACUAGGGCUGUUGAUCGCCAUCGCUUUUGGAGGCAAAUCAGAGAAAAUUUACCCCCUGAUGAUACUCCCUGGAUGAUGGUCGAAGAUCUUAACGAGGUCAUGUCUCAAGCUGAUAAGAUGGGAGGAAGAGGUUUUCGUCAAUCUCAAUGCAAAGAUAUGAGAAUGCUCGUUGAUGCUGCUUGUCUUGUUGAUUUGGGUUACAAUGGUAACCCCUAUACAUGGCAUAAUGCCAGGGAAGGGGCUGCUAACAUCCGUGAGAGACUUGAUAGGGCUUUGGCAAACCCGAGUUGGCUCAAUACUUUCCCUAACACUAUGGUAACUCACCUUCCACGUACCUUCUCUGAUCACAACCCUUUGUUAAUAACUUUAUUUAAUCUGCAUAUUGCUGGUAACUAUCCCUUUCGAUGUAAGAUGGCUUGGCUUGAUCAUGAUGAAUUUAAGGAUUACUUUGUCAAUAAUUGGAAUGAUGGAAAUAGAGACUUUCUGGCAGGAAGAGCAAAUUUUCUUAAUUCUAUUAAAAAUUGGAAUGAAAAUAUUUUUGGUAACAUUAUCAAACAUAAGAAACGUUUAAUUGCUAUAAUUAACGGAAUUCAAUUAAGCCUUUCUAAACAUUUUUCAAACUUCCUUUUUCAACUUGGAAAAGAUAUUAUCCGUGAUUUGAAUUGUAUUUAUCAUGCUGAAAAAAUUAUAUGGGCACAAAAGGCUGGGCUUGAUUGGCGUAAAUAUGGUGACUGUAACACAAAAUACUUUCACUAUUUUGCUAAGUUUAAAAAAUCCAGAGGCCGCAUUCUUUGUUUACAAGAUAACAAUAACAAUUUGGUGGAUGACCAAUUUGCUCUAAAAGAGUUAGCAAGAAAUUAUUUUAUUAAUAUUUUCACCUCUACUGCCUCUCUGGACCAAAAGUUGAUGAAGUCUUUUUCUUACCCUAAAACUAUAGAUGAAACUUCUCUUAAUUCUAUAAUUGCUAGCCCUUCAACUUAA